GGCUACUCACCCCAAGAAAUGGACCUCUUCCGAGCGGUGUUUCUCCCUCGGGUAGUGGUAUGGAAGUACCACCGUCCACAGACUCCAGUUCAAAACCGGACAUACCGGUAUAUUCGUAGGGAUUUGCGUUAAAUUGUUGCUAGCUAAUACGUUGAUCGGCGACUGUGCAAAUUAUUUAUCAGCUGCCAAUAAACGGAAGAUUAUAGUAUGCAACGUUAUCGUUAUCCAACCUUAAGUGGCCAAUGCUAAAUAGCAAAGAAUCCUAACUUUUUAUAGGGUUACCUAGCUAAGUUAGCUAGCUCGAGGAGUUUGCAGAGUGCUGUAUACGUGCACAGUGCAAGUUAGACGUUUCCAAAGUCUCUGGUGUUCAAAAACGUUAAACAAUGUAAGAUAUGCUUUGCGAGCAUAACAUUUACACUUAACGUCUUGUAUUUAGCUAAGUAACUUUAUAUCUGUUUUCAGUGUGGCUAGCUAGAUACGAGUUGGAUAGCGAAGCUGCUAGCUGAUAAAAUAAUUGAAAACGAAUAACCAAGCCGUAGCGGAUAAUCCAUGUCACUUUUCUUUAUGAUUGCUGGAAUUAAUUAAUUAAUUACCUUCAGUGCUGUUUAAUAAUAAUAUUUGUUAGAUUGCCAGAUUGAGCUAAAUUAGCUUGGAAGUCAUGUUGCAAGCUUCUGAACUAUUCUAUCUAGCUAGUACAUCAAUUUAAAGCGGGCAAUGCGCAGUCAAACUAUUUACAUGUAAUAUGGAUGAGAAAUUGAUGUUGUUCGCAUCAACUGUUUUGCCAUCCAACUGAUAUACUGAUCAGUGGACCUUAAGCAGCGUCUGCGCAGUGUGCGCUACACUGAUGUCCGUGAAUUAUAUUAGGAACUUCCGGGAAAGCGGUGCUAGGCGCAUGCGCCGUACUGUCAUUGUUUUUGUGGUUGUGAUAUUUAGCUACGCCUGUCAGGGAAAAACAGUAUUUUGUAUGUGCAUUAUUAUUACUUGACGUAUUUUCUCAGAUUAUGUACAGUUAUUUGCACUGGUAACUAAGGAAAGAAAGCCAAGGAAACCACAAAGUUGAGCCGGGCUCAAUACUAAACUGCUAAUCCACGGACGUACGGUUAAGCAUUUCACGUCACACGUCUUUUACGUCAUUGUCAACAAACAACUUUGAAUCGAGACAUUUAAAUCCUCAGCUGUCAAAGGAAGUCCGCACCUUUGGAACCACAGAAGGGAUCAACGAGUCGGGGCGCCGAGCAUGCAGUAUGUCUCCAAAAGGCGCCCGAACACCUAUGAUCUCUUUGAAGGAAGCUCCACCGUGAUAGCCGUUGAUGAAACAUCUGGGCACAACUUUGCCGAGACACUGCCCACGGAAAUGAGCGUGAACAUUUUUAGCAAACUGGACAUACAGAGUCUUUGCAGCGCUGCAGUCACAUGCAAACUGUGGAACGACAUUAUCGAAAAGAGCGAUUACCUGUGGAGGGAUCACUGUCUGACCGUGCGAGCUGUCUGUCAGAAAGAGGUCGACAGUGACCGCGGAGACGGUUUCUCUUGGAAGGUAACCCUAGAGCGCAAUUAUCGUAAAGGUUACGUGAAGAGAGCGUGGCUAAGCGGCAGAUUUAGCUUCAUUCACUGCGCGGAAGACAUACCGGACUGGAGUAUGUGUCCACUGGAUGCCGAAACGUGGGGAGAAAUUUUGGAAGCAGAGCUAGAGAGAUAACGCAAAUACUGCAGUGGGGAAACAUUAUGGACAAACACAAAAGCACUUACUGUUUUAUUAUUUUGUAAUUUUAUAUAUUUUAAUGUUUAAAUGAGACAACUACAUACGUGGAAAGUGUGUAUGUUUACGCCACAGAACUGUGUAAGAACUGCGGUUUACACUAUGGUAACUUGGUAAACUUGGCAUUAAUCACAGUGAUUAAACAGAAUUAAUCAUG